AUGCCACCAGCAGGCACAAAGCAUUUAUUGGGCAAGGCUAGUUCGAAACACAUUGGCCAUGCGAUGGGACGCAAAUCACUGUUUGACCCGCUCCAUGCGGCAUCACCACGGAGGGCGACUACUCCAGUCACCUGCCUUCGAGAAAAAUCCAUUGGGAUCCCCAUCGGCCUAGUAUCUGCUCUUCUCUCUUCUACGCGAGUUUCAACUACAGCUGACACAACUGGAAGCGCUAGAGCUGCGCAAAAGAAAUCGCCUCUUCCGCCUCCGACGGCCGCGCAAUCCUCGGAGCUGCCAUCUGCGCGGUCCGUGCGCCCCAAAAUGCUCACCCUGGCCGCUGUUGCGGUCUUCGCCUUUUCAACUUAUGGCACCUACCUAUUCGUGAGCUAUAAAAAGGCUGUCGAGGCGGCGAAAUCACUAGAUGUUCCCCACGACCUCUCAGAUCGUUACGAUCAAUCCGCGCGAACAUAUGAUGCAGAAGUGGAGACGGCAGAGAUGCUUAUGCGACUGGGAAAACGGAGGAGAGAACUAAUUCAAAUGGCAAGAGGGAAUGUGUUGGAAGUCAGUUGCGGGACAGGUCGGAAUUUUGACUACUACACGCUGGGCGAGAAGAGAGCUGUGGAUGAGCAAGGGAAGGCAGCGAUUCGAGGUUGCAGAUCGGUCACCUUUGUGGACCAGAGCGGUGAAAUGGUUCAAGUUGCGCGGGAGAAGUUUGAGAAGAAGUACCCAGCGUUUAAGCAGGUUGCUUUCCGGGCGCAGGAUGCGAUGGAACCUAUUUCUCCUCCUCCGGGAACGACAAUAAAGAUACCGGUUGGGAUGAAGGAGCCAAAAUUCGAUACGGUCAUCGAAACGAUGGGGCUCUGUUCGACAGCCGACCCUGUGGCGUUUUUAAAGCAUCUUGGGGAAUUAACCGAGCCAGAAAAGGGGCAGAUUCUUCUAUUGGAACACGGUCGGUCAUACUAUGGUUGGUUGAAUAAGUUACUCGAUGAUCUUGCUCCCGCACACGCAGAUCAGCAUGGAUGCUGGUGGAAUAGAGACAUUGGGAGAAUUGUUGAGCAGAGUGGACUUGAAGUCGUGGAGUCUAAGAGAUGGCAUCUAGGCACGACUUGGAAAUACGUUUUGCGGCCGAAAAAGGAGACCGAGCGCGCGGAUAAAGAAACAGAUAUACAAAACCAGGACUAA